UUAAUGGGCUUCAUUUAACGUUAAUCGUCGUUUUUAUAAUAUUCCUUUACAUAUCAUAUAUUUUUCGAAGGUUUAGUAACUAAAUAAGACGUUCUAACUUUUAUUAUAUUGCGUCACAAAAUUAUUGAACGGAAUUGUUCUGAAGUGUAAGCCGCAAGCCCAUCAGUCAACACGCCAUUUUGCCGUUGGUCGAUGUGUAUCCUGUUAUAUUUUGCAAAUGUCUACGUAUCUGCUUAGUUUGUAAUACAAAGAAGAGAAAAUCCUAAAAUUUACAAUUAGAUGAUAAUUGUAAAACAUAUUUCGUAAAAUAAUUGUUGUUGGCAAUUGCUAGAAAAGACAAGUAAAUCAAAAAUAUCACUAUCUACAUAUAUAAGGAAUAUAAUCAAAUAUAGAAAACUAUCCACUCUACAAAGGGUAACUUGGUAGAAUAAUACCAUGUGCCCUAUACUUUGAUUUCAUCAUUAUGGCACAGCCACAAUAUUUUGAAGUUUUAAAUAAUAGUAACAAGAAUCAAGAGCAACACUUUUUCUCUAAUAUUGAAGAUUCUACUGUUCAAUACGUCAUUACUCCAGAUAACACUCAAGUCCAGCUUCCAUCACAGCAGAUCCCUAACCAAAUUGUACAAACCCAAAUUGUACAGCAGUCCCUGAUUCAACAGCCCAUUCAGAUACAAACUCCCCAAUAUACCCUUAUCAAAGAUGGUACCAUAAGAACUACAGAAGGUCAGCAAAUAUUCUUUGUUGAAAAUGCUAUAACUACUGAUGGUAUUGUUAUUGAAAAACAGAUUCAACACACUCAACAACCCAUUGUGCUAAACCAUCAAAUAUCGCAACCUGCGAUUGCUAGGGCUCCUCUUAUGAAGCCCACUCUAAAUCAACAAGUGUCUUUAGAAGUAAUACAAAAACAGAAACCAAUGCAGCGCCCGCCUAACCCAAACCAAAACCAAGCUCGUCUACAUUCCCCUUCGGUGGGACAAAUUAGACAAAUAGGUAAUGUGCCAAACAAAACACCUGGUUCACCAAUCAUUCCCAGUAUCGGCCGAUCUCAAAUAGCUGGCCAAACCAAUCUUAGACAUGGAUUAGUUAGGACGGGCCAAUCAACAUUUCGACCUCAAACGGCCUCAGUUCGGCAGACUGAACCUAACCAAGUGAGAUUACCAAUACGGACACCAAAUCAGGUAGUCUCAAAUAGACCCAGUUUAAUCAGAAGUCCCGUUGCUAAUACUAUAAACCAAAGGUUACAAGGACUGUCACAACACCAGCCUGUUCAAGUAGUGCAGCAACCAUCUGCACAGCUUUCCAAGUUUAUUAGUCAAGGAUCGAGUGCUAGUGAUACUGAAAUGAAAUCCGAGGAUCAGGAAGCUGUAUCUUUACCUGAUGGCACCGUAGUUUCUAUGACGUCAUACAAAAAGAUGUUGGCAGAUCAAAAGGCGCGAAACACUCCCCCAAAGCAACCAGUCGGUCAACAAAACAACCAAAUCCAUCAAGCUACGAAUCUUCAACAGAACAGUCCCCUACAGCCAAAUAGUUCUGUCCAGUCUACCAACCCUCUACCACAAUCGCCUCUUUUAAUAGCGCAAAACAAUAACUUAGCAGCAUCGCGUAGAGCAGUUAACACUCCUCCUAACAAACCUCCAACGGCAACCAAGAAGAGAAACCCUUCUCCGCGUGUACCUCGUGCGCAACAACCAAAGACUCCAAAAGCUCCUCGAGGGAGAGCUGGGUCCCAAGCCAAUCAACAACAACAGCAACAACAGUCGAAUACCCCGGGUCAUUUUUCCAUGUUGAGUCAACAACACAACGCGAAUAAACCCCAACAACAACAGUUUUCAAGUCCGCUCCCUGCGCUUGCGUCGUUGUCACAACCGCAACAACAAUCUCAGAUACAGCAGCAAGUUCCUAUGCAGUCUCAACAAAAGCAGCAGCUGCAGUCCCAGCUGCAGUCUUCGCAACAGCAACAACAGAAUCAAGUGCAGCCCUCGCAACAGCAGAACCAAAUGCAGCCGUCGCAACAGCAGAACCAAAUGCAGACCUCGCAACAGCAACAGCAGAACCAAAUGCAGCCCUCGCAACAGCAACAGCAGAAGCAAAUGCAGCUGCCUCAACAACAGCAACAAGCUGCAAGGCAGCCGUCGCAACAGCAACAGCAGCACCAACAGUCUCCUAGUCCCGCUCAGAUGCAACAGAAUCAACAAGCUAGAGCCAGAGGAUCGCAAGCGAAUUAUGUAAUUCAACCUCCGAAAUUGAACCAGAAGCCGGCGAAUCAACGGCCUCUACCUGCUUUCGUACCGUCUAGUCACAUUCAGAAAAUAAUAGAAGAAACACCACUGAGCGAAGAAUUCGCAGAUUCUAUUAGAAUGCUUGUGCUACUAGAAAACGGAGAACAAAGACUCAUAACGUUUACGCUACCAAAAGAAGCGUGCACCAUUCAAGAAAUUUUGGAACAAGUUAACGUUCCUUUCAACCUAGACACCAACAUACAAGUCAUGGAAACGAACUCUGAAGGCAUUAAUUAUAUUGUGACUGUUGGAAAUAUGGCUAAGACUCGAUUUGGGCUGGACGACUCAUCAUCGUCGCCACAGGAGGCUACACCCGUACACACACAGGAAGAUCAAUAUCAAGUACAACAGCCUCAAACGCAGGAUGCAUCCUCAACCACACAGAAAAAUCCACCAGAACCACCAAAGUCUCCAGUUCCACCGCCAGUUAAGGAAACCCCUAAGCUUGUUAAAGGUAUGCUGGCGGUAUGUGCGUGUUGUGGCUUCUUGUCGGAGGAUUUCAACAAGUGUCAGAGAUGUUUUAGGAAGCUACCAGAUACAGUGAAAGCCAUGCCCGACCCUAGGACCACUGGGAACGCUGGGAUCGCUGCGAAUCCCGUAGGACAAAAACGGGAUAUUGCAGCAGUCGCUGUGGCGCAACAACAAAAACACCAAGCGAUGCUACAACAGCAGCAGCAACAGGCACAACAGGGGCAACAACAGAAGACUACUUCGGCCGCUCCUGCACCAAAAGUGCCAUCUCCCCAAAAGAGAAAAGCGACCAGAUCUAAAACACUUGAAGACAGCGUCCACGUCAUCAGCUCCGAUGAAGAAGAAGAAGAAUCUCCUAAACUUAGUGAAAACCUUUUGCAGAAACUGGGCAAUUCUGUAACUAUCAGUCCGAAAUCUAAGGAACCGUCACUGGCAGACAUUCAAAGACAUUUAUCCAAAAAUGAUAGUCCGACUAAAUCGAUAGCUGAAAAAGAAAUCAUCCGGACAAAAGUACAUUGCAGAACCGUUCGUAUUGGCUCAUACAGAUGUAUUCCUUUAGAAGAUAUCGUGAUAGAUUCGGAAGCGGUAACCAUAAAGGUUCCGCAUCCGCACAAGGAAAAAGGCGUAAAGACAAUAACGUUCGCGAAAUGUGACACCGUCAAAGUAUUGGUCAGCUUCAACAGUUCCUUGCCUGUGAUCUUCUACUACCUGAAUCCGUCAGCAGCCUCCCAAGUACGGACAGUGCUGGAUAUGAUGACAGACAGUGACUAUUACUAUGAUCCGUUGUCCCUAGAAGACGAGGUUCAUCGUCGAUUGACCUUAUUACCGGACGAUCUUUCGGAAGAGAAUAAGAACGCGUUUCAAACGAUCUACAGCCAGCCUGCUAGUAUUUUUGAGGAGUUAAACAUCAAGGAGGCCAAUGACAUUUUGAUUAAGACUUGUCCCAAGGAUGUGGCCCGACCAACUCCCGGUUUUGGUGCUUUCGCCGAGAUAAAACAGUUGUUGACAUAUCCACCAGAGGGCCGUUACCGCCUAACCAUCAACACGGAAGACUACAUGUGCUUGGCUCAAGACCAGUUUCUCAACGAUGUGAUAAUAGAUUUCUACCUAACCUAUCUCGUGGACAACCUACCGCCAGAACAAAAGUCGAAGAUCCACGUCUUCUCUACCUUCUUCUAUAAACGACUGACCACCAAACCCACAAAAGCCUCUAGGAAAUCUCAGCCAAGUGAACUAGAUCCGACCUUAUCACCGGCACAAAAACGCCACGCUAGAGUCAAGAAAUGGAGCAAAAACGUCAAUAUAUUCGAGAAGGAUUUCGUAAUAGUUCCCAUUAACGAGAACGCCCAUUGGUUUUUGGCUAUAAUAUGCUUUCCGGGAAUGUCGGGCUGUCAUACCUGGGACGGAAAACCUUACAAACUCGAAGUUAUAUCUAGGAAAAAAAAACCCGCUACAACAACUGUUAGCAUUGCCAACGUAACCGUAGCCAUCAAACAAGAGAAACUUGGUAAAGCGAUAUCUUGCGAUGAUCCCGAACUGAGUGAUAAAGACGAAGCAGAAGGAGACGAUAGUGAGAUGGAAUCCGAUGAUUCUGAAGAGUUGCCUCUUUCUCAGAACGGUCAAACGCCCAUUUCUACACCUACAAGUACGACUUCGACCGACAGUCCUGUUAAAAGCACAAGCACACCGACUCAUACGAGUAGGGGGUCUAAGGAACCGAGACUACCCAUUAAGCAGCCCUGCAUUCUAAUAUUUGAUUCUUUAUCCGGAGCCAGCAGAUGCCGUGUCGUGGCUACUUUAAGGGAUUAUUUAACGUGCGAAUACAAAUCGCGAAUGGGAAGCGAGAGAGUAUUUAAUAAAGACGUUAUCAAGGGAGCCAGUCCGAAAGUUCCACAGCAAAAUAACUUCACGGACUGCGGACUCUAUUUGUUACAAUAUGUUGAGCAAUUUUUUAAGGAUCCUAUUAAAGAUUUCCGGAUACCUAUAAAAGAAAUACAAAAUUGGUUCGAAGAAAUCACCGUUACCAAGAAAAGGGAAGAUAUAGCAAUUUUAAUAAAAACUUUAAUGCGAGAAUACGGCAAAGAUUUAAGGCUAGUGCCAGACAAUAUAAUGUUCCCCACGCUGCAUGGUAAAAUCGUCGAACAUGAAAUGGACGACGAGGAAGAGGACGAGGAAGAAAUGAUGGAAGAGGAGGAGGAAGAAGAAGAAGAAUCAUUUGACACGUCGAAAGAUGAUCUACCGAUGAAUUCCUCCAAAGAAUCUUUAUCAGAGGCCUUCGAUGAGGGCGAACUGAAGGGCGAAGAAACCGGAUCGCCCAUCAAGCCCUCGAACGAGGCCGUUCCUAGUGAUUUCGUGACUCAGCGCGUAGUGAACCCCAAACCGGACGUGAGCGAGUUUUCGCUUCCGCGACAAACUAAUCGAGACACGUUGUCAAUUCUUAAAGCUAAACGGAUAGUUAGGCAUAGGAAUACGGAUGACGGACCAAGUUUAAAAAAACCGAGAAAUGGGCAGGAUUAGUUAUUUUAUUAUUAUUCUUUAUUGAAAACAAACGAGACUCGUUAUUAUUUUCUAUUGUUAAUAUAAGUGUGAGCAGUUGUAAUUUUUUAUUUAAAAUAUAAAGAUCGAAUGAUUUA